UUCGGAACACGUGAUUUAUUCCCAGAAGGUAAAAACAAUGCUGGUUUGUCAAUCAUGUAAGCAAAGUAAAAUUCUGUGACUAACUAGGGCCCAGACAGAAAAUACGUUUAUAAAGAGUACGUUUAAAAUCGUGAUUUUCGGACGGAGUUGUGUUAGUAUUUUGUGUCGUCGCACUUUGACGGAAUGACAUCAUUAUUACCGUUUGCACCGCCGAUAGUAAAACGACUGCUGGGAUGGAAGAAAGGCGAAGAAAACGACGAAGAUAAAUGGGCAGAGAAAGCCGUAAAGAGUUUGGUUAAAAAGUUGAAGAAAACCGGAGGUUUGGAAGAGCUAGAGCGAGCAAUCACGAACCCAGGCUUGCCAACGAAAUGCGUGACGAUCCCGCGUAGUUUAGAUGGCCGCUUACAAGUCUCACAUCGGAAAGGACUGCCACAUGUUAUAUAUUGUCGAUUGUGGAGAUGGCCGGACCUACAAAGUCACCACGAACUAAGACCGGUCGAUACUUGUGAGUUCGCCUUCAGUCUAAAGAAAGACGAAGUCUGCGUGAAUCCAUUUCAUUAUCAACGGGUUGAAACACCAGCAUUAGCACCAGUAUUGGUACCAAUUCAUCCAAUGGAACAUCGACCAACGACUUUACCAAAGCUUGAUGAGUACCUUAAUCCUGUGAACGCAGAGUUUCCUACGUCAGAGCCACCAAUGAUUUCACCAUACUCCCCAGAUAAUUCAUUAAUGACGUACAUGUCAGAUGAUGGAAUGUCUGAGAACUCAAGUGUUGUAGGAAUGCCGCAAGAAUCCGGUCAACUCUCGCCUGAACCAGCAAUGCCUGUAGAAACUCAACCAGUUCAGUACCAAGAACCGCAACAUUGGUGUGCAAUUUCUUAUUACGAAAUGAACUACAGGGUAGGAGAACCAUUUAAUGCUUCUGCAUCCAGCGUCACUGUUGAUGGAUUUACAGAUCCUUCAAGUGCGGAUCGUUUUUGUCUGGGGAUUUUAUCAAAUAUCAAUAGAAAUCCAGCCGUCGAAACGACAAGGCGUCAUAUAGGCAAAGGUGUACGCCUGUAUUACAUCGGUGGAGAAGUGUUCGCCGAAUGUCUCAGUGACAGUAGUAUCUUUGUUCAAAGCCCAAAUUGUAAUCGUAGAUAUGGAUGGCAUCCGUCUACGGUUUGUAAAAUUCCUCCAGGUUGUAAUUUGAAGAUAUUUAACAAUCAAGAGUUCGCACAGUUGCUUUCGCUAUCUGUAAACCAAGGAUUCGAGGCCGUCUACCGACUUACACAAAUGUGUAUGAUACGAAUGAGUUUUGUUAAGGGAUGGGGAGCCGAGUAUCGUAGACAGACUAUUACAAGUACGCCCUGUUGGGUUGAGGUACAUUUGAACGGUCCACUUCAAUGGCUGGACAAGGUCCUUACACAAAUGGGAAGUCCAAAUGGUAUUUGCUCGUCCAUGUCUUAAGAUGAUGUCAGAGUAAACAAUGGAAGACAAUACGUCGUUGUUGCCGUUUCAUUGCAUGUUACAUAUGAUGUCAAAGGCUUCGUCUUUUCCCUUGGUAGAAUCGAAAGAUCGUCAUUGUUUUGACUGUAUGGCACUUGCGUGACAUAAAAGGAUACAUAUGAUUGUCUGUGAUAUGGAAGUCGAUAGUUGUGGAUACGAAAGACCGCUGUGAACAUCAAGUUGAUGGCAUUAGCUAUUCAAUUUUAGCUAGUCGACGAAAGUGGUUCGUCUUUCGUUAGAAAUUGUCUUGUUAUGAUGACGAUAUCAAACAUUACCGUGUUUUAGCGACUUUGAAAUUUAAAAGAAAUCCAUGACAAACAAAGUGUUGUAUGACAAGUACUUAUUCAAAGAAUCCAACUUUAUACUUUGAAGAUAAAAGAAAAAGUGCCAUCUGCUGUUUGUUAGUGCAGGAUUAAUAAAAAAAGCUAUUGUAAAAAACAGAGAUGCAAAAAGAGUCUCGUAUUAGGAAGGAUAACGUUGGAUACACGAAAAAAAAAACACAAAGAGAAAUCCUUAGGAAACAUUUGCAAUUUCCCUUAUAUAUAUAAUCAGCAAUGUCAACGUUAUUUUUCUUAAUGAGCUGCUAUUCAUGUUCUUGCCAUGUACAUGAGUUGUUUAAAACAAAUUAUUCAAUAUUUCAUGGGGGCAAACUGAAA